AUGCCAUCACAUAAUCAGCAGCAGAAGCAAGGAAGCAACAGCAGCAAAAAAACAACACAAACAACAACAACAGCAACAACAACAAAACAUCAGCAACAGCAGCAACAUCAGCAACAGCAGCAGCAGCAGCAGCAGCAGCAGCAGCAGCAGCAGCAGCAGCAGCAGGACAGCAACAGCAGCAGCAGCAGCAACAGCAGCAACAGCAGCAAAACAGCUACAACAACAGCAGCACCACCGCCAAAACAACAGCAGCAACAGCAGCAGCAGCAGCAGCAGCAGCAGCAGGAGCAUACCCAUGAGGAUAGAGGAAGACAACAACAGGGUUUAGUGAUGGAUCAACAGCUUGCUGCUUCAUGCGAGCAACAAGGGCCUCCAGCGCCUUGCGUCUGCAGCAGCAGCAGCAGCAGCAACAGCAACAGCAGCAGCAGCAGCAGCAUGAGCAACAGCAGCAGCAACAGUGUCAAUUUUUCUAUACAACAACAGCAGCAACACAAGAAUACACUUGAUGCUGCAGCAGCAGCAACACACUACACACACAUACAUACAGCAGUAGCAGCAGCAGCAGCAGCAGCAGCAGCAGGAGGAGCAGCAGCAGCUUGCCUGUCUGUUGCAUCUCCUCUAUCUACAGGUAUACAGCCAAGGAAGCGAGCAGGAGAAGCAAUAAGAGGAGUCUUAAAUAUUGACGCCUGCAGCAUAUAUGCAUGCAUGCAUGCAUGCAUGCAGCAGCAGCAGCAGCAGCAGCAGCAACAGUACAAGCAGCAGUAUUCCCGUUUCCUUCGUCAGCAACAGCAACAGCAGCAGCAACAGCAGCAGCAGCAUGUACCUUGCAAACGAAUGCUGCAUGCGCCUCCGCUAAGAAGUACAGAAUAUCCUAAGAAAAAAAGAGAGCAGCAGCAGCAGCAGAAGCAGCAGCAGCAGUAG